CGAGUCCACAACCAAAACAGCCCGUCAGCCCGACUUCUCCUACCCCCUUCCGUUACACUUUACAUCGCAUGCUCCGCCGAAUACAACGUAACGAUGGAAGCUUCUUUUCCACUCGCGCUCUAUCGACCAACUCCUUACCCGCACCCUGGGUGAGCAGACCCCGCCCUCCCGUCUCCCCCACGCCCCCUUCGCGGCCCAGAACCCUAGGCCCCUAACUUAAUCUCUCCCUCUCGAAUCUCGAUCCUUGUGCGCUUACCAUGGAUAUCCUCGAGUUCUCCCGCCGCCGCCGACGGUGGCUCCUCCUCGCCGCGACCGCCGGAAUCUCCGGCUACGGGGCCUACAAACUCUACCACCUCCCCUCCGUGGCCCGGAAGCGCAGGAAGCUUGCGAGGCUCUUCGGAACCCUGGUUGCCGUCGCUGACGCCGCCUCUUCCUCCGCCGAGACCGUUGCCCUCGUCUCCUCCGACCUCAGCCGCUUCCUCCGCUCCGACUCCGACGAGAUCCCCACUAGCUUGAAACAAAUCUCCAAGAUCGCCCGCUCGGAGGAGUUCUCCGGCUCGCUCUCCAGGGUUUCUGAGGUGCUGACCAUCGGAAUCUUGCGCGGGUUCCAAUCUAGCUCGGUUCCCACCGAGCCGGAAUCGGUUUCGGUUUCGAGCUCCAGCUUUUCGGAUCGCUUUCUUGAUAAGCUCUUCUCCACCGCUGGAUCCGGCUUUGCCUCCGUGGUGGCCGGCAGCUUUGCGAGGAGCCUGGUGAUGGCCUUCUCCUCGACGGGAUCCGAUGGUAGAGAGGUCGGCAGCUCGCAAUCCGACUCGCCGGCGGUGCCGCGGUGGGUUCAUUUGAUCUGCAGUGAUAAGUGUCGGGAAUUGAUCGGCGAUUGCAUCCAGUUAUUUGUUAGCACUGCCGUCGCUGUGUACCUCGAUAAGACGAUGGAUAUCAAUCCUUAUGAUGAGAUCUUCUCUGGCCUCACCAAUCCCAAGCACGAGGCGAAGGCAAAGGACAUGCUAACUUCAGUCUGUAAUGGUGCCGUGGAAACUCUGAUCAAGACUUCGCAUCAGGUGCUUAUCAGAUCCAAUUCGAGCUCCUCAGUUAACAGAAUACCAGGCAUUGAGCAAGAAGAGGACUUGACCACGGAGAACGAUAGGAAAACUUCAUUUCAUCAUAAGAGCAAGGAUGCUAGUGUGUGGUUUCAUGAGGUUUCAUCCACAUUGGCAGUGCCGAGCAACCGGAGGUUUGUGCUUGACGUUAUGGGGAGGAUAACGUUUGAAACGGUGAGAUCUUCGCUUGAUUUUGUGCUGUGGAGGAUGCGCAAUGAUGCGAGGAUAGGUGUUAAUGCUGUUUGUGAUGAGGUGGCUGAUAGAGGAUCGGAAGUGUUGAGAUAUAUCAGUGCCAAGUCUUUGGUUAUUGUUACGAUAUGCCUGGCCUUGUGCCUGCAUGUGCUGGCCAGUACAAGGGAUUUGAUGCCGGCUUAAGUUGGCUGUGGAAUCCUCCAACCUGUGUAGCAACCUUCAAAUUAUGUAAGAAAUCUUGCUCUUAUGCUUCAAAGAGGCCUUUUCUUUUCAGAGCGUAGAGAUGGAGGAGAAAAAACUGAUAUUAAUUCUUGUUCUCAAGACUGCCAAUUCAAGAAACAAAAAGAACAAAAAGGAGUUACUAUAUAUUUUUAUAUGUAUUUGAGUAACAACCCUGACCUUUUAUUGCAAUGGUUUCUCUGUUCAUAUAGCUGAAACUUAGUUUGAGGCAUCGAUAGAAGGAAAAUGAUGAUUUCAUCAUAAAAGAUGAAAAUUUGUAAAAUGAAUGAUAUGUAAUGAUGCUCUAUACUUGAAGUUUCAGUAACAUAACUUUCUGGGAGCAGAUAUUCUAUGCA